AUGGGGGGUCAGAGGCCAAUCAUAAAUCUCAAGGCCCUGAAUGCUCACAUUCCUUACAAACACUUCAAGUUGGAAGGACUACACCUUCUAAGGGACUUGAUCCGCAAAGGGGACUACCUUUGCAAGUUGGAUCUAAAGGAUGCUUAUUUCAGCAUCCCAAUGGCACCCCACAUGAAAAAGCUACUCCGCUUCUCUUGGAAGGGUGUUCUGUAUCAGUUCCGAUGCAUGCCAUUUGGACUUGCCCCAGCUCCAAGAGCAUUCACAUUCCAGUGGCUUUGUCAUAAACUGGAAGAAAUCAGUUCUGUCACCAACCCAGUCGAUCACGUUCCUGGGGUUUCAGAUAGACACGGUGGAUCGUACUUUGAUCUUACCAGAGGAGAAGGUAGAGAACAUCGUAGCAACCUGUCGUCACAUGAUGAGAAGAAACGGGUAAGGAUUCGACAACUGGCAAGUUUGAUAGGAAAACUGUCAGCUUCAAUGAGAGCAAUCUUACCAGCUCAACUGCAUUGUCGUGACCUGCAGAUGCAUUCGAGCAGGGAGCUUUUGCGUUCCCAGAGUUACGAGUCAAUGAUUACUCUGGCUUCGGUGUGUGUGGAGGAAUUGAAGUGGUGGAUGACCAACCUCACCAAUUUCAACGGCAAGCCAAUCAUGACAGCUCAUCCAGAUGUAAUUCUCCAGACGGAUGCAACAAAAAAGGGAUGGGGAGCAAUAUGCGGCCAGAGAUCAACAGGAGGCCGCUGGUCAGAGAUAGAGCAGAGCAUGCACAUAAAUGUUCUAGAGCUGAAGGCAAUUUAUCUGGCACUCUUGACCUUUUGCAAGGGGAUCAAAGAUCAAUCCAUUAUGGUCCAAGUCGACAAUCAGACAGCCAUGGCUUAUGUGAACCGAUUUGGGGCGAAAUCAGUCAGUCUGCUGCAGGUCACAAAGCAGAUAUGGGGUUUCUGUCUCCAGAACCGUAUGUUCUCAACAGCCGUCUAUCUGCCAGGAGUAGAGAACAUUCAUGCGGACUGGGAGUCUCGCCACUUCAACGACUCGAGCGACUGGAUGCUCAAUCCAAACAUCUUUGCUCAAUGCAACCAGAUUCUGGGCCCCUUCUCAAUGGACCUUUUUGCAUCGAGAUUCACUUUCCAAAUGAAGCUGUUCUGCAGCUGGAGGCCAGACCCCCUUGCACAAUCAACAGGUGCGUUUCUAGCUAAUUGGAACCAGGGGAUUCCUUGUGCCUUUCCCCCGUUCCCACUGGUAGGCAGGUGUCUGUGGAAAAUCCGAAAGGACAAAACUCCAGUGUGGCAAGGUCAGUCCUGGUAUCCACUCCUCUUGGAGAUGGCGGUCACACAACCAAUCCUCCCCCCACAGAUGAGGGAUCUGUUAAACUCCCCACAAAACCUGCCUCAUCCACUGAUAGAAAACAACACUUUGGUGUUAGCGGCAUGGAAGGCUUCCGGCGUAGCAUCAAGACCAGAGGAAUUUCAGAGGCGACUACACAGCUGCUCUUCUGCCAAUGGCGACCUGGCACACAAGGCGCUUACAAUGCUUCCUGGAAUAGGUGGACUGGGUGGUGCAAUCAACGGGGUUUUGAUCCCUUUUCAACCUCUGCAGAGUCUAUCUUAG